CGCGCGCCAUCUUGUCCCCUCAACUCGACGUAACAGAGUGCUUCGCGUGCGUCUGCCUCCAUCCCAGAGAAUAAGAGACAAAACGACCUAAAAACAGACUUGAAUGAAUUAAGAGACGUCGGUCCGCUUCUCGCGCAUCUCGUCGGACGCAUUCCUUCGCGAUAUUCGUUAAGGUUAACGACUAUUUUUGUCGUUUUCUCAUUUAAUGGCGUUGUGAAGGAACUGCCAUGGCGGUUAGUCAGCAGCAACAACAGCAGCAGGCCUUGAGCAAACCGACCGGCGGGAAACACGGAAAUAAUUUGCCAUUAUGGGGCAACGAGAAGACUAUGAACCUCAACCCGAUGAUUCUGACCAACGUGCUUUCUUCGCCUUACUUCAAGGUCCAGCUGUACGAGCUCAAGACGUACCACGAGGUGGUCGACGAGAUUUACUUCAAGGUCAACCAUGUGGAGCCAUGGGAAAAAGGCAGCAGGAAGACAGCUGGGCAGACGGGAAUGUGCGGAGGGGUUCGAGGAGUCGGGACAGGUGGAAUCGUGUCCACAGCAUUUUGUUUGCUGUAUAAGCUGUUCACAUUGAAGCUGACACGGAAACAAGUGAUGGGUCUUAUCACUCACUCCGAUUCACCCUAUAUCAGGGCAUUGGGCUUCAUGUACAUCAGGUAUACUCAACCUCCUCCUGACUUGGUUGACUGGUAUGAUGAGUUCCUUGACGACGAGGAGGAGCUGGACGUGAAAGCUGGAGGAGGGUGUGUAAUGACGGUUGGAGAGAUGCUUCGCUCCUUUCUGACCAAGCUGGAGUGGUUCUCAACAUUGUUUCCACGAAUACCUGUACCUGUGCAGAAGGCAAUUGAUCAGCACAUGAAGAGCAGACCACGUAAACCCCCGCAAAAAGACGAGCAGGAAGAAGAGGAGGAAGAGGCUGCAGCAGCACCAGCAGCCGAUACAGGCAGGCAUGGAGAUAGGCGCCGUUCCAGGACACCUAGGAGAAGUCCAAGUCCCAGGAAAUCCCAGAAUCGCUCCCGGAGUCGCAGCCAUCACAAAGAAAGACAUGGCGCUAGCUUUGAUCAUGAACUGGAGAGAGAACGAGACCGUCAGCGCAAAGAACGGGAAGGAAAAGACCGGGAUAGAGAUAGAGACAGGGACCGAGAGAGAGACAGGGAGAGAGACCGAGAUAGACGACGUUCCAGAACUCCAGAGCGAAACACAGAACGACGGCGGAGCCGGAGCAGGGAACGACGCCGAAGUCGAAGCACCAGCCGAGACAAGAGGACAGAGAGGAAAGACCGAGAUAAAGACAGAGAGGCAGAGAGUGAGAGAGAGCGUAGUCGCAAGAAAGACAGAGAGCACCAUAAAGAUCGAGAGAGGUCAAAAGACAAGAGGAGUAAAGGAGAGGGAGAAGAGAGGAGGCAUAAGGAUGAUAAGGAGGAGAAAAAACACAGGGAAGAAAAGAGAAGCAAGCGCUCGAGAAGCAGAAGCAGAGACCGGAAACACAAAGCUGAGAGAUCUAGCAAGAAACGCUCCCGCUCUGGCAGCAGGAGCAGGCAGGAAGCAGGGGAAGAGAAGAACAGGAAGCGGGAACGCAGCCAUAGUAAGGAUCGCCAACACAAGCGCAGUCGCAGCAAAGAGCGAUCGCACCGUCGGGAAUCCAGCAAUGAACGAAUACAUGCAAAACAAGAGCGCCCCAGUUCUGAACCUGGAGAAAGAACAAACAGUGUUCGAGCAGAUUCCCCCUGAUCCAAGUCUGUCUUCUCCCCUCUCUCUCUCAGAUUCCCUCUGCAACGUUAUUCCGGUCCCUCUCUUAUUACUUCAUGUUCUUUCCUUUUAAUCCCCUUGUUAAAAGGCAAAAGCCUGGAUUUUUUUCUGCACUGUUGUUCACCACAUGUGUAGAUAUUAAAAAUGUAAUUUCUCUCAGUUGCCCAUUUACAAAUGUCAAGACUCAAGAUGACAUUUUAAAAUCUUUUUUUAUUAUUUCCCUUUUCUCCCAAAUUUGUUUUCAGGAUUUCCACAAAUGGCUUUGUACAUAGAGCUCAGAGAAUGUUUUAAAUUUCAACAGAGUGUCCACUGAGUUGAGUUUGUGGCACAGGGAACCGAAAGCUAUGCUGACAUUGUGCUGUUUGAUUCAUUGCUCUGUUGCAUCUCAUUUUCUAAUAAAAUUGUAUGGAAUAGAA